UUUGGCUAUAUUUCUGUUUGACAGCUGCCGGGUUGACAUCCUAAGUUUGUUCCCUAAUCGGCAUUGAACUGAGUUACAUCAAACUGGCCGCGCGGGCAGCGACCGGUUACUUAGCAACUGUCAGUGGCUCGCGGACGGCGCUCGCGAGCUGUGGAAGCUACCUGCCGAUAUCUACCUUAACUAAUUAAUACAUAAUUAAUAAUAGGGCUAUCUUCGGACUGUUUUACCAUUAUGAUUUAUCGUAGUCAUCGAACGGUGUUGUACAGUGGCUGGGUGAUGCACACUGGGCUGGCAAACUUGUUCGCGCUGUCAGUUUAUAUGUUAUGAAUUUAUUUUUCUUCAGUUGCUUUGUGUGUAAACUGGCAGAUAUUUAACUGUAUGUAAGUGUAAAACAUAGCUGAAGGGUAAGGCGUUGUAUUAAUAAGGAUGAAGAAGUUGCUGUAAAUAUGGGUUAGGAGAAUCCAGGCAAUGCCGCCUUGACUUUGACAUUAAUGCACGAGGCACGGCUCUCUAAUGGUACCGUUUACCGUCCUCACUGUGCAACGGGCUCGUUAGCCAAGUACUACGGCAGCGACGGUGCAUUUGCAAUUAAAUCGGCACCUCGGCAACCUCGAAACAGAUCCCCUGCUUUGCAGCUAAUUAAUUACACCCUGAUUAAAGUAUCUGAUGCUGCAAAAGAGAGACUUUCCCUUUUCUGGAUAAAUAUAGAACGAGUACAUGGUGGUACGUGGUACAGUAAUUUAAUGGAUCAGUUAACAUUUAUAAUUAGGGAUAUUUUGGUCUGCGCAGGACGAAAAAACAAAUAUAUUGAGCCCGUGAUAGUAAUACAGUCUUUCCCUCAUGUAAGUCUAAACAAUAACUUAGGAAGAUGUGUUUAUUCCAUAUCAUAUUUUAUAGGAAAUAAGACAUAGUAAUAUUCACUGGCUGGCUAGAUAGUUCCAUUUACAUCAUUACUUGUCUCCAUGGUAACUGAUUGUGGAAAUGGGAUUUGUCCUAUAUUAGGUCGAUAUUUAGUAUAAGCAAUACAAAACAAAUGUUCCAGAUUUACAUUCAAAAUCAUUUCGUAUCUGUCCACUGACAUCCAGUGUACUGCGUAUAUUACGCAAUGAUGAAUGGCAUGUUAUGAAUAGGCGGGUGUUUUGAUUCUAGGGCUGGCUGUUGUCUCCUUACAGAUUUCCUGAGAGUAGGUGUGUGUUCCUGCAGAGUGCAGAGUCCCAAAGUUCCAUUUUAAGAACAAAUCUGGUUAUUUUCCCAGAUAACCCACACAAAGAUGUACAGUGGAUUAGUAAAGCCCAUCUUCAUAGAUACAUAUGUCCUGAAAAGCUGACUAAUGGAAAUAGCAGUUGCCAGAGAAUGCCGGUAUUCUCCUGGCAUGUUACAUAAUUAAUAUCAUCUGUGGUGUGUUGUGAGGAGCUAUGACUGAUAACCAUGAAAACAGAUUUGUAGUUUGCUGGUCUUACAAGAUGGUGCAUCGAACGGUGAGGCUAGAUAUUUCAGAUUGUACCGCACCACUGGAAAAAGUGUUAUAGCAAAACAGAAGGUACCCGGACACAGCAAAGGCAAGAACAGGGUGUUUGGUGGUUGGCCAGUAGGGAGAUGUUCCCUGGGAGGCUAGUCUCUGCUGAAGCCUAAAGAGUGAUGAUCUCUGAGGAGAAGGCCUCCUUCAUGGCCCAGAAGAUGUCCUCACCAUCCCGCAGUAACAGCAGCGGCUCUUCCAAGCAUGACAGCCGGCAGGACAGCUGGGAGAUCAUAGACGGACAUCGGGGGGAAAGCAGUAACGGCCAGGAGCCUCUCAGACAGGAAGGUUACCUGCUGAAGAGGAGGAAGUGGCCGCUGAAGGGCUGGCACAAGAGGUACUUCUUACUCGACAAGGGAAUAUUGAAGUACGCCAAGUCCGGAGCUGAUAUAGAGAAAGGUAAGCUUCAUGGCUGCAUCGAUGUGGGUCGCUCGGUCAUGGCCAUCAAGAAGAACGGAAAGUGCAUCGACCUAGACGCCGAGGACAACAUCUACCACCUCAAGAUUAACACCCAGGAGGUGUUUGAUGAAUGGGUCUCUAAGCUGCGAGAUCAUCGGCUGUACCGGCAGACUGCGAUGGCCGUAUUUCCCCACGACAAGCCGCUGUUCUUCCCCCACUUUGCACCCGCGUCUCCAAACCUUUCGGAGAAGGCUUCCAUAAGAAAGACAUCCAUUCCCCAUGAAGCGAGCAUGCCUCUCGCCUUCAGCAGCCAAGCCAAGGUGACGGCCUGGCUGCAGUCCUCUGAAGACAUGGAUCGAUGUACAAAAGAGCUCUCGCUGUGUGAAUCCUACCUGCUGGAGCUCCACCACCUGCUGAAGAGCAUGGAGGUGCUUCACCGCACGUACUCUGCCCCAGCCAUCAACGCCUUACAGGCCACGCUGGACAGCCCGAAAAAGGAAAAGAGGGCAUCCCGGAAAUGGCGGACGAAGAAUUUCGGAAAAGACAACAAAACGACGCUACAGGUUCCGAGCUGCAUUUCAUCCAGCUCCCUGCGACUCCACUCCUCAAACCCGAACCUGUCUUCUGUGGAGCCGGGACUGGACAAGGCCGACCCAGAAGCGCUGGACUCGCCGCCCGACGCAGCCAAACUGCAGGAGGACUUCUGCCGGGUUGCAGACACCUUGCAUGCAGCCUUGAAGUCUGCCUUUAGCACUUUGUCUGCAGAGAGGGAGAAGCUAAAACAAGUGCUAGACCAGGAGACUCCCUCAACCCAGGUCCUGGGGCUGAAGAGCACCCUGGCUUCUGCCAUGGCCCAAAAUUCUGAACUGAAGGAGCGACUUAGCAAGAUUCACGCAGAAUCAUAUUUCACAGAGCCCACCAUCCUUUUUACUGGCAACACUGGCCCCCUGCAGAAGCAGGACUCAACAGAUGAGCCUCACCUUCUUGUCCACCAAGUGUCCAAUGAGAGCCGGGCGUCCAUCUCGGAGUCGCUGUCGGAGUUCUUUGACGCACGGGAAGUGCUGCGGUCUGCCAGCUCUUCUGAGAAUGAGGGCUCUGACGAUGACUCAUAUAUCAGCGACGUCAGUGACAACCUCUCCGUCGAGAACCUCAGCAACGGGCCGGAGGGCGAGAGACCCAACCCAGGGUUACCCCGCAGCUCCGGGCGAAGGUUGAGGGCAGCCACAUCCGAAAGCAUUUUUAGUGAUUCUGCUGGUGCACGUGAGAUCUGUGGUGCCGCCCCCCAUGAGGAUGAGGCCGAUGUGUGCUCUGUGGCGCCGGCCCGCAUGGAGAACGGCGCCCCCCACAGGCAACGCAGGUCGCGCCUACCCGCCCCGAGCCCCAACACCAGCAACAUCAGCCUGUGGAACAUCCUGAAGAACAACAUCGGCAAGGACCUGUCCAAGGUGGCCAUGCCGGUGGCGCUGAACGAGCCGCUGAACACGCUGCAGCGGCUGUGCGAGGAGCUGGAGUACAGCGAGCUUCUGGACCAGGCCGCCGCCGCGUCGGACCCGUUUGACCGCAUGGUGUACAUCGCUACGUUCGCUAUCUCGGGUUACGCUGCGAGCUACUACAGAGCUGCUGGGAAGCCGUUCAACCCCGUGCUGGGGGAGACGUACGAGUGCGACCGGCCGGACAAGGGAUUCCGCUUCAUUGCUGAGCAGGUCAGCCACCAUCCCCCUAUAUCAGCAUGUCAUGCCGAUUCCAAAAACUUCACCUUUUGGCAAGACAUGCGAUGGAAGAACAAGUUCUGGGGGAAGUCAAUGGAGAUUGUUCCAGUCGGCGCCACACACGUGGUUCUCCUGGCGUCUGGCGAUCACUAUGAGUGGGACAAGGUCACGUCGUGCAUCCACAACAUCAUGAGCGGCCAGAGGUGGAUUGAACACUACGGCGAGAUAACUAUCAAGAAUCACACCAGUGAUGCGUGUCGGUGCAAGGUGACUUUUCUCAAGGCAAAAUACUGGAACUCAAGUGUGAAUGACGUGGAAGGUUUAGUCACCGACAGCAAGGGCAAUGUCAUCCGCAAGCUGUAUGGAAAAUGGCACGAGGGCAUCUACUGUGGUGAGCCACCAUCAGCCACCUGCAUCUGGAGAACAUAUGCGAUGCCUGCAGACUACGAGCAGUACUACGGUUUCACUACGUUUGCCAUCGAGCUGAAUGAACUGGACCCCGAGACAAAGGCGCUGUUUCCGCCGACCGACAGCCGGCUGCGACUGGACCAAAGGCUGCUGGAAGACGGGAAUGUGGAGGCGGCGGAGGAGCAGAAACAGAGGAUAGAGCAACUUCAGAGGGACAGGCGGAAGGUUCUGGAGGAGAACAACAUGACGCACCAACCGCGCUUCUUCAAGAAGUUGAAAGAUGACACCUGGGUGAGCAACAACACUUACUGGGACCUAAGAAAAGACCCUGGGUUCGCCAGUCUGGACUGGCCAGUGCUCUGGUGACGCGCUUUGCUGGCCGACGCGUCUCCCAGCACUCGACGCCUCCCACUCGUCUGCUGUUCAUUGUGUCGUGCUUUGCUGCUGCUGCCUCACUGGUUUGAUGCCUUAAUAUGGAGUGCUUUCCAAAAUCGUGUAGCUUUUUAAAAAUGAAAACACAUGUUCUGAAUGUAGCGAAAAUAUGCAACCUGGGAUUCUGUUUGAUGUCCCUGACGUCACUGACUGCUGCACAGAGAAUCACCUGAGGCAUUUGCGCCCUCUAGUGGUUACACACCGGUACAGAUGGCAAAAAAAAUAUUCCGAUGAAAAAUCUAUGAUCACACCCUGGAUUAUUUUGCCAGUAAAGCUGUACACUGUAAGAUCCUGUCCUAACUCUUAGGAUUUUCUACCUCCAAUGUGAAAUGGCAUAAUUGUGGUGUUGAUGUUUGAAUCAGUGGCUGUAGUGUUCUGGAAAGACAGGACACUUCCCAAAUGCCUUACCCACGUAACUUGAUAAAACAUUGAAUUUAUGUAUCAUAUUUGAAUUUGUAAAUGAUAUGUGGCAGUAGGAGGUAACAAUUUUCAAGCUUUUAAGAAACAAUCCUGUCUUUUAUCAGUCUGCAUCUGCAUCCUACAAAUAACAUCUCAGUCGUUCUACAAUUAUGCCAUUUGCCUGUAAGUGUGUGUGAGUUACACACACGAUUGAUAUAUAUACUCCGAGAAUGAAACUUCUCUAUACUCUGUAGUAACUCUGCUGGCAGAUACAAUGUGUAACAUGGAAAUCAUAAAUGACAUGGCUGGGUACAGUGUCAGAGACUGUGUGCAUCAUUCCCUGCUUGGUCUGUUAUCCCCAAAAGUCACCGGAAUGUGACUAAACUAGUGGUGAUGGGGUGGACUGGGCUGUUAUUAAAUUUACAUAUCUUGGGGUGUCAUGACAUGUUAAAACCCUGUUUGAGUUUAUUCCUAUGUGUUAAGUUUUUGGACCAUACCUGUAUAUAUAUACACUGUCGGGUCAAAUAAAAUAAGCGUUAUGAUACCAGC